UUGAAGUGAGGAGAAGAGCCUGCUCCUACAUCCAUUCUAGCAGAGCAGAGCAGAGCAGAGUAGGCGGCCAUGGAGGCGUCGUCAAGGCUCCAAAGCCUCCUGAGGCCCCUCCUCCUCUCCCCCUCGCGCACCACGGCCAGAGCCCUCCAAACCCUAGCCCUUCGCUCCCCGCCUCCUCCUCCACGCCUCCCUUCCUCCUUGCUCCUCCUCCGCCCGCGCCGCCUCCCGCCUCCCCAACCCCACGGCGUCCCGUCCCGCCUCCCCCUCCUCCGCCCCUUCGCAUCCGUCUCCCCGGCCCCCGCCCCCGGGAGGGACCAUCUCGACUCCAAAGACCAGGGACCCCCGCCCGCGCCCUUGCCUCCGCCGCCGCCGGAAGAACUCGCCUCCGACGACGAGGCCUACUACCACGAGCACCUUCUCGAGGUUGCACAGGAGAACCAGACACGGGUCGUCCCCGUCAAGGCCUUCUUCCUAUGCACCAGUAUCGACCUGCGGAGCCUCCAGUCCCAGAAUUCCUUCAAUGUCAUCCCACCUACAUCGCGUGCCACCAACUACGUCGUACUUAGAUACUACGAUGUCAAGGGAGACCCCGAGGGUUUUAAGUCUGGUGUCAUAGAUGAGAGCCAUUGUCACUACAUGGUCGUUUUCCAAUAUGGGUCCAUCGUUCUGUUUAAUGUUUCUGAUCAUGAAGCAGAUGGAUACCUAAAAAUUGUCGAGAAGCAUGCAUCAGGUUUACUUCCAGAGAUGAGAAAAGAUGAUUAUGCUGUUGUUGAGAAGCCUACCUUGGAGACAUGGAUGCAGGGUGGUCUUGACUAUAUUGUGCUUAGGGAUCUGAGUAUUGAUGGAAUCCGUACGAUUGGAAGUGUCCUGGGUCAGAGUAUUGCUCUUGACUACUAUAUCCGUCAAGUGGAUGGAAUGGUAGCUGAGUUCACAGAUAUCAAUCGUGGUAUGGAAAAAACUGGUACCUUCACUAUGGAGAGGAAGAAGCUUUUCCAGCUCGUAGGGAAGGCCAACUCUAACUUGGCAGAUGUUAUUCUUAAGCUUGGACUCUUUGAAAGGUCAGACAUAGCAUGGAAAAAUGCAAACUACGCUCAAAUUUGGGAAUACCUUCGAGAUGAAUAUGAGCUAACCCAAAGAUUUGGAAACCUUGACUUUAAGUUGAAAUUUGUUGAGCACAACAUCAGGUUUCUUCAGGAGAUCCUUCAGAACAGGAAGUCGGAUUUUCUGGAAUGGCUUAUUAUCAUCCUGAUCAGUGUGGAGAUAUUGAUAUCUGUUUAUAACAUCAUCCAGGAGCAGAUGUAGCGCGGAUCCUGAACACGGAACGAGGGAGGUGUUUUGGCCAAGGAUUUUGUGUUGCCCCCGAUGCCAUUGGCAGCCUCAAUCAAUUUGUGAAGGAGAGUAGUAGCUAUAGAGUGGGGAUCAUAUUGGGAAUGGUAGAUGAUGGUCGCACACAGCGUAGUCUUAGUCCUUUGACUUGGUUUAGUGCGAAUGCAAUGCAAAGGUGCCCGGACCAUAGUCACAAAGUUCCUGGGUCGAGGAACGGGGUCGAGGGUCGAGGGACGUCACUUUAUAAAAUUGUGGUACGAAGGGGGUAUAUCUCUAUGGAACGAUAAAUUAUUAUGUGGAA